AGUGUAGUUUGGAGUCACCAAGACUCAGAACUGAGAAUAGCAGGCGCACAUUCAUCGCCCUGAAACAGUUUUUUAACUCUCCAUUCCAAUAUUUCAUGAUUUGUAUAUUUGUGUAAAUAGAUUACUUCUAUUUUUAUAACGAGACAACAACAAGAUGGAACUUAAUUCUCUCUUAAUUCUGCUGGAGGCUGCAGAGUACUUGGAAAGAAGAGACAGAGAGGCAGAACACGGUUAUGCGUCUGUUUUACCAUACAGUAGCGACUUUUCCAGAAAGAAAACGAAAACCUCGCCUAUUUCCAGAAAAACUCAGAACAAUAGAUCGUCGCACAACGAGCUGGAGAAACACAGACGUGCCAAACUACGGCUGUACUUGGAGCAGCUGAAGAAGCUGGUGCCUUUAGGUCCAGACAGCACGAGACACACCACACUGAGCUUGCUGAAAAGGGCCAAGAUGCACAUCAAGAAGCUGGAGGAGCAGGACAGAAAGGCUUUAAACGUGAAAGAGCAGCUGCAGAGAGAGCACCGCUACCUCAAACGCCGCCUGGAGCAACUUUCUGUGUCCGGAUCAGUUGAGCGCAUCCGCACUGACAGCAUGGGCUCGACCAUCUCCACCGACUCCGAGCAAGAGGUGGACAUUGAGGGCGUGGAGUUCACUCCUGUAGAGGCGGACAGCGUGGACAGUAUCAGCGACGGCGAGGAGGAAGACCACUACAGCCUCCAGAGCAGCUCCAGCGACACCAGCUACACAGCCACACAUUCCCACAGACUGCAGCCGCACCACUGUUAAGACACCAUGCGGCCAUCCAUUUCCCAACCAGCUUCCUCCAACAUGCUUCCUUUCCCUCCCCGACCAUUCGCGAUCAUCAACGCCGCCCACUACCUUCAUCAGACCAGACAGCAGCGGUACACCCUGAACCUGUUCCUUCUUUUCCUGGCCCUGGCUCUCCAGGAAGCACAUGAGGCUGAAAUGCCACUCCAGCCUUCCUGACCCCCCUGACCACUGACCCUACCUCACCCUACUGUAUCCUGCCUGAACCUGCCCCUCCUGACACGCCCUGCCCUCCCACUGCCCUCACAACCCCUACCUAGUGUUGCCGCAGGCUAAGAGAGAACAGCGCAGUGUGGUGUGGUGGACAGCUUUGACUUGUUAAUCAGAAUUUUGUGAAGUGCGUGUUUGUGCGGUGUGUGUGAGAGACCAAGCCAGGAAGUUUAAGAGAGGUCAAAAACAAAAUAUAAGCUUCACGUCAUCUCCAUGGCCAUAACACACAGGCAAGGCGUUGCACUAAGUUUGUGAUGUAAAAGGUAAAGACCUUCUCUUUGUUCUGCAAUAUAUGCAAUAGAGGGACCUCGAAAGUUAUUUACAACAUACAGUAUCUUCCCUUGACACGUUAAGACUUAGAGGAAUAGCUAUUGCAGUUCCUUGAAACAUUUGACUGCUGAAAAAAGGUCAAAGAUUAAAGGAAUAGUUUGACAUUUUGGGAAAAAUAAACAGACAUGAGUGGCAUAGAUCUUCGGAUUCCAACUUCCCCAAGCUAUUCUUUUAAUUGGUCCACUUUUUUUAUGUGCAGCAGUGCUUCUGCAACUGCGUGACCUACAAUGGGACUUUUUCAGUGGCUACUAUCAUUACUAAAUGUGGCCGAUCUUUGGCCAAAAACAAAUGAAAAAGUUACAGAGCUGUAGCAGAGAAGAAAGAAUGUAUAUAAAUGUACAGUUACUAUCCAAACCGUCAAGUCUCCCUCUGGUUGGGUUGCCUAACCACUACUCCACACUACUGACCACUACACUAUACCACCCUAUGGUGUGGAUGGACUACUAUGUCGAAUAAAAAAAAAAAGGAGUUGCCUCAGAACUAAAACUCUAUUACUUAAAGAUUGAAUAAAAUCUUGUGUUUCCUCAGUAGCGAAUUGAUGUAGCAAUAAAUACAAGAGGGCUUCCUCUGAGUAUUUAAAUGAUUCUGGUGGAGCAUGAGGUGUCACGGGAGACUUUUCUUUUUCCUUUUUACCCUGUAGAUGGCAAGUGGGUGCUUACGGAGAGCAGACCUGCAGAAAAAGGGGCAGUUCUCCUUUUUCUGUUUCACUAAUGGAUCCUUCUUUCUGCUCACGGUGCCAUUCACCCAGAAUUUUAAUUUCUCUACAGCUCUGCUACUUUUUCAAGCAGUGUUCAUGCGUGUGUGGAUUGUUUUUGUUCUGAUUACCAAGUCAAAGCUGCAUAUGUGGAGAAAAAAAUAUUAAAAAGGAGGGAAAAAAAGAAGAAAAAAAGAAAAAGAAAAAAAAGGGCCAGCUCUAAAGAUUGGUUCUCUAUAGAGGCGUUCAUUUUAGCUAAUUUAGCAAAAUAAUUACAUUUACCUUCUUUCUACUCUGUUGCUUUUUUUCCUGGAGGUUCUAGGCACUGCUGAAGACCGGUGCAGAAGAAAUUUCUUCUCUAACCUGUCUGUAACUUAUGCACAAUAGUCACUAUUGACGGAGGAGGCGCUUCUGUCGCUCUCUGACUAUUUAAUAAUCAUUAGGCCUCAGUCUAUGGCAGUCCUUAGAGCUUGGCGUCCCAACACUUACAAAAAUGAGGGCCGGCCCACCGUGGCAGGUCUGACCAAAAAAAUUUUAAACUACGAAAGACUCAACGAAAAAAAAACUUGCAUACAAAAGAAGCUGUGUCACAAAAAGUGAUAUUAGUCAGUGUAGUCUAUAUUUCUUGUAUUAAAUUUUGUAUUAUAUUUUCCUAAAUGUUCUCUUGUAAUGAAAAGACAAAAAAAGAGUAAGUAUAUACAGAUAUAUAUAGAGAGAGACAUAUGAAAGACAGACAGACACGAGGCCAGGCUUGUUGUAGGGAGAGUGGGGGCAGGGGAGCUGAUACACUGGCCCCUCUCCCUUUGAGUUACUCUCCUGCUGUCAUUCUGUGCCUUGGUGAGCCUUCGACUUCCCUUCUCCUCCUCCUCUUCAUCCCAUCUCCUCACCCUCGGCCCCUACUCAGGUCACACUCCCCUCCCUCUUCUUGUCCUCUGGCCGGGCUGAAAGCUUUGAUUUCAACCCUUACCAUGCCAAAACACUUCCAUGAGCAAGGGGCACUUGAAGAAAAGACCUCAUUUUAAAUAAAAAAAAACAAAAACAAACAACAAACAACAAACAACCCCAGCCCCUUUGGUCUCUACUGAGAAGCCGCUGAUGUUGUACACCCUGUCGAGGCACUCCCCACCCUCUUGACGCCAGUGCCGCCUCUGUCACAGAAAAAUUUAAAGAAAAACCACACACUGGUAAACUCCCAUGGCAGCUUCCAGUCACCCCGAAUGGUCACCAAUGGGGUUCAAAACUUCUGGGCUUGAAGCGUGUUUUUCUUUUUUGUUGUUGUCAUUUUACUAUUAUUAAAUGUUGACUAUGUGUUUGUUCAGUGGGAGUCACUGGGAGAGGAGCGAUAAAAGAAUAAUCCAAUCGAUGGCAGCUUAAGGUGUUAUCCUCUGCACUCCCAGUGGUCUGUCCCGAAAAUAGUGUUAUUUGAUCAGGGGACCUCGAGACACAGCAAUAUUACCAUCUCGUGCUUUCUGAGGGAGGGUGGGGUGGGCAGGGUUUUUAACACAAGCAGGUGGUUUUGCUUUUGACUCUGUGGUGCAUUUUUUUGGUGACCAAUUCUAUAUUUUGUUUUAAUGAAUUUUACCUCCUAUCUGCACUCUCUCCAUACACUGCAGGAGGGCAAAAACAAACAAUUAACAAGAGGUUUAAAAAAAAACAAAAGGUUUUUGGAAAGAGCUGUUUUUAUUCUACUUGUCAUUGCGAGUUUACAUUCAUGUCAAAAGAAUUUGUACAUGACUGUUGGUAGCAAAAAUGUUCUUCAGCUUUCUGGUCAAAUGAACAACUUAGACACCAUGUUAAUGGCAUAAAGUUAUUCUCUUGCACAGAACCUCCCUGUAGAAGAGUGACAGAUAAAAACACGGUGAAUGGGAUGAGUUUAGGGCCAGAUAUGAGAUUAUAAUUUUUCAGUGGCGUCAUUGAAAAAUAUACAUAGCACACACUCAGAGUGAGUGGUUUUUGAGCAGUUGACUGGUUUGGUAACAUUUUGUCUGAAUGCUGGAUGGACAGUGUUUAUGGAAAUUCUUUUAAUGAUGUGCCUUGGAAAAAGUUAUUUUCAAAAAAACAAAACAAAAAAACAAGCAGAGAUUGUACCAUUUAAUGAAGACUGUUAUAUCGGUCACAGUUAUUUUUAACCCCUUGGCGGCUUUAGAGCAAGUAUAGACAAGGUUUGAUAUUUGCUUUCAUGUUUCUGUUGCACAGAGAUUUGUCAGUGUGUUUGGUUUUCUGAGAGCACACAAGUAAUAGGGAGAAGUCAGCGGGGGGGGGGGGGGGAUCAGGGUGAACCACAGACUGAGGACAGUCACACAGAGCGGGGUCAAGGCAGAGAAGAUGAAAUUAGAAACGCAGAAGAAAGACACCAACCUGUGCCAGAGACUGCUGAGUAAUGGUGCUUGUACAAAUCAACACAAGGACUUCCAUGAAAUAUUAUUCCUGCCAAAUAAAUGGUCACUUUUAAACCUUCCGUGCUGAAUGAUUAGUAAAAGUCCCUUUAUGUAAUUUCAGAUAAAUAGCUUUAACUACUUGUAACCUUUAGGUCAACAUCCCGCUUUCCAGACCCCAGCCUUUUAACUCUUGUCUCCUUAUUUUGCAUCUUGAUGCAUCUGGUGACCCUCUACACAGUGCUCUAAGAUGGGUGUCACACCAGCAUUAUGGUUCAUCUCUUGUACCCACAAGAACCUAGAGGCUGUGGAGGAGGGCGGGCUCGCUGGGAUUUAGUUGAGAUGGAGGACGGUGGGGACUUUGUUUGGGCUGACAACUGUGCAGAGUAGGGAGAGUUCUGUGCCAGAGACCUGUGAAUAUGUUCCUUUUUAGCGAAUGUGUAAUAUGCAUUCAGAAGAUGUUAUAUAAGUUCCUUUUUUUUGUGUGAGUGUGUGUACACGAGUACCUGGUGCUGGCUACAUUUGAGCAAACACUUGAAGGUAUAGUGUAUUCUCUCAUUGUAAUAUAAUUAAAAUGUUUUAUACAUAAAGUUGCCGCAGCCUUGUUACUGCCUGUUAAAUGAUGUAUGAUACACUGUGCGGAUUUACACACCGCUUAUUGUGGGGGAAAUGGAGCCUUGUGACAACCUUCAACUGAACAAAGCAGCAGGAAUAUGCAGAUAAAGGUGUUCAAAUGUUA